ACGACAUCUAACAAAAUAAAACCCAAUAUUCGACCUCAGAGGGACCCGAAAUGAGGAAAUGGCGUUCAUCGCUCCGUCUUUGACGGUAACAUCACACACAUAUAGAGCUGUAUAUCCAAUCAUCAUCAGUCGAAUAGUUGGGUUAUUUAUAGCUGUCCAAAAGAGGACUAGAAACAGCAAUAAAAGGAAAAGCGCCGAGAAGAAAACAAAAACCACCAAUAGUAAGCGACCGUAAGCGACCGUAAGCGACCUUAGUACAUGAUAUCCGGUUGGACCAAUCGGAUGUGUGAUACUACAUAAAGUAACACAAAUAUCCUGGAGGCAUUGUGGUUAUGGCAAUUGUAUUGCCAGCGAGGCCGUUGUCGA